AUGUGGGACAGACUGCGUGAAGCCACUAACAUAUCCCCACACCCAUCACCUCUAUACCCAAUUACCCACAACCCGCUCUUUGAGCCAGGUCAGCAAACUAUACGUUAUCAGGAUUACCGGCGCACUUACGACGGGUCAUACCUGGCUCUGGGAGCCGUUUUAGAUAGAGAAGAACUAAAACCACUACCCAACCUCACGGAUGCGGAGGCUCCAACUACAAU